ACCAGCUAUAGCUAGUGCCUUUUCUUUCAUCUGGAGCUGAGUUUUAUUAACAAGUCUUGGCAAAGUGACCUGCUAAACACGAGCAAGCUAGCUAAAGCUUUCAGUAUCUCAAAACAUAAAUAUAAAAUGUUUAAAAAUAAAACAGCUUGGUUCUCAGACAGUGUAGGGAAAGAUAUUCCCAGGUUUUGGGUGUCUCAGGGUGGCAUUAUCUCCAGCUGGAGAACAGCAGAUUACCUCUUCAGUGAUGAUGCCUCUUGUCCUGACACAAAAAGAGUACAUUUUAGUGAUGACUACACAAUGGACAAAGCCACCGUGUUUCACAGCGCAUAUCUCUCAACUUGUAGAUUACGACAAAGUGCCAAGUCUGUGUCUCUUGGUCACUAUCUGCUGCCUCCUGUUUCUGUACAGAGAGAGGUAAGAGCCGUUAUCGGAAGAUUUAUCUGGGAACAGGAUGAUCUACUGGAUAAAGUUACGACACAUGGAAAAAGAAAAGCUGUGAAUAUUCAGUUUGAGGAUGGACAAUGUCUAAAGCAGAGGGGACAGAUGAGCCAGGAGGGCUGCAUGAACGUAUCUCCAUCAAGAGACAAGCCAGUCUGCUGUGAUACACAUCUCUAUCCUGUAAACAACAUGGUUUCAGGAUUUGUACAUAUUGACCAACUAAACAAGUACUCAGGCGACCUGCAUGAUUUCCUACCAUCCCAAAGUGGCAAUUCAAUCACUUGGACCCAAAGGAGGAGACAUCUUACCCAACAAACUAAACUGGGACAAUUGUAACACAUUUUAAUCCACAUUUAAGACUAGAAUUUUUUGUUUUUUUUUAAUUGAACAGAAGCCACAAUGAUGCAGGAUGUUUUAAGAAAAAGCUCUCUGUCAGAGGUAUGUAAUGUAAUGUAAUUCUGUAAUGUUUAUUCAGCAGUAUUAAAGCUCCACAUGUUUAAAUAAAACAAGUGUAACAUUAGUAAAUGCCUGAUUGAUUUAAUGUAGAACCAAAUGCUCAUAAAUAAAUUGGAAAC